AUGUUUGGAUCUCAAGAUUUGAUGCCCGACAAGAUUCACAAUGACUUCGCGGUCUUUGUGGGUGUUACAACAGUGUUCACUUUCCUUUCGACAGUUGCGGUCAUAUUACGGUUUACCUCCCGACUCCUGACCCUUUCAGUGAAGUGGGAUGACUGGACUUGCUUUGGUGCGCUGGUAUUAGCAUACGGAAGCUUUAUCUGCAUAGUUAUGGCAGCCACAGACGCCCAUGGUGGAUAUGAUAUUUGGUUCUACAGUAAGGCAACAUUGAUCAAAUAUAUGCAACUUGUUCUUAGCUACAACAUGAUGUACACCGCUAGCGUCACGCUUUCAAAGGUCUCCAUUCUUCUAUUUUACCAACGCAUCUUCCAAAUUCGAAAACCAUUUCGCAUUGCCUCGUGGGUUGUGGGCUUUCUAGUCUUCGGCUUCUUUAUGUCCAAUGAGUUCGGUUUAAUCUUUUCAUUUAGCCCAGUGGAGGCACAAUGGAAAGUAUGGUUGCCCUACACUACCAUCCAGAUCAAGCAAUUUUGGCUUGCCACAGGAAUUAUCAAUGUUGUGCUAGAUUUCAUCAUCCUUUGUCUCCCACAACCACUGGUUUGGAAGCUUAAAAUGGGCUGGAAACAAAGGGUUCUUCUGUCUGGAGUCUUUUGCCUUGGAGGAGUAGUAUGUAUCGGAAGCAUUUUGCGCCUGAACUUUCUCACAAAAGUCAACUUACAGAACCCCACAGCUACUCAAAGCGUCGCGGGUACUUGGCAAGUGGUUGAAAUGAACUUGAGCAUCAUAUGCGCCUGUCUUGCAACGUAUCCGAGUCUUUAUCGCCACUGUCUUCAAAGGUUUUCAAAUUACUCUCGGACUUAUGGCUCCGACUAUGUCGAUAGAAAGCCACUAAAAGGCGGCUCCUCCAGUUUUGGCGGUUCUACACUAUAUGCGAAAGGGACCCAAUUGGAUCAGCAUCCCACAGAUAAGGCAAACCAUGCCUCGGAAUAUGCGAUGAAAGAUAUGGGCUCGGUGCGUGUGCAGACGGAUGUGAAUGUGAAAUGGGACGAAGAAUCACAAAGGCCGCCUUCAAAUGUUCAUCAAGUUGUUUGA